AUCGGCGCUGCUGCUGCAGGAAGAGCUGCUGCUGCAGGGAGGAUCAUGUGGUGGGCUUGGCCUUUGCUGCCUGCUCUGCUGCUUUUGUCAGAGCUCUCUGUGGUGAAAGUCCAGACAGCACCAUGCCAGACCUGCAAAAAACUCACUGAGAAUUUCAUCAAGGGCUUAGAGACAACAGCCAGUAAGAACUUUGGAGGAGGUAACACAGCAUGGGAGGAGGAGAAGCUGGCCAAAUAUGCACGCAGUGAGACUCGGCUGCUUGAGAUAGUGGAAUCUGCCUGCGAAAAAAACGAUUUUGAAUGUAAUCGGCUCCUGGAGCAGAUAGAGGACCAAGUGGAGACAUGGUGGUUUCACAGGCAGCAGGAGGCACCAGACCUUUUUGAGUGGCUGUGCAUAGAGGAGCUGAGACUCUGCUGUCCACCUGGACACUUUGGACCUGACUGCAAAGUGUGUCCAUCUGGUCCUGGAGGUGUGUGCGGAGGUUUAGGCCGAUGCGAAGGGGAGGGUACUCGCCUGGGAGAUGGAGAGUGUGUCUGUGAUCCGGGAUAUUCAGGCCACCUGUGCCAGAGCUGUGCUGAUGGUUAUUUCAGAGAAAAGAGUUCCAAUGAUAGCACAGGAGCUUGUGCAGCGUGUUACCACUCCUGUAAGAAAUGCACAGGACCGGAAAACUACAAAUGCCUCGAUUGUAAAUCUGGCUGGGUCCUUCAUAACAAUAAGUGUGUGGACACUGAUGAAUGUGGCACAGAGCUGGCCCGUUGUCCGUCCAACACCUACUGUCACAACACGGAUGGAUCAUAUGAAUGUAGAGGCUGUGACCAGGCAUGCGUGGGCUGCAUGGGGAGUGGUCCUGCCCGCUGCAAGAAAUGUGCACGUGGCUACAGGUUGAAGGGAGCCAAGUGUCUUGAUGUAGAUGAAUGUAGUGAACGUGCGAUAGCCUGCCCGGGACUCAAUGAGGCCUGCAUCAAUGAGGAGGGCUCCUUCCACUGUGACUGUGCCGAUGGAUACAUUAGAAGAGAUAGCAUUUGUGUUGAGAAUAAGCCUCCUGCUGGUCAAGAGAAGGGACUGUUUGACGACAUGACUGAUGAUGAGGUCCUCGUACUGCAACAGAUGUUCUUUGGCGUCAUUAUCUGUGCCCUAGCUACGCUCGCUGCCAAGGGCGACAUGGUCUUCACCGCUAUUUUCAUUGGAGGGGUAGCUGCCAUGGCAGGAUACUGGCUGACGGAGAAGGGAGACUACAUGCUGGAUGGAUUUCUGAAGGGACGCUAGAUUCUCUGGAGCCACAAUUUAAAAAGAGCUAGGAGUAUGAGCCAACGAAGGUGAAUAAAACUCAGAAAGCUCAAUGCUAGCCUUUCAGGGAUUUACUUGCAAAUGCAAAGUAAUUUUAAAAGGGCUCAGGUUAAUUCAUUUGUUUUCACAAAUAAGUUGAUGCAGGAAAAAGUGAGAACUUUCGAGAUUAUAAAGCCGUGAAUCUUAGAGGACUAAGGAAGCAGUGCUGCACUGAUGUUAAGGAACUGAACUUUAUCCCGUACCUCAACUUUGUCGGGUACAAGAGUGACAUUAAGAGAAAGAAAACACUAAUCACUGUUUGUUUAUUAUGCAUUUGGAAGUCUCGUCUGGCCCCAGUCAUCACGGGGUUUUUCAUCAUUUCGAAUGGUACUUCAGUUUUUACUUUGCAACUCUAGAUUAUAGUUAUGACUAUAAAGUUGGAUGAAGAAAAUUUGAAGACCUUUUAAAAUGGCUCCAUAAAGGAUCACUCAUGCAGCUCUGGGAAAUUUUGGAUGACUAUUUAUUUAUUUAUUAUUUAUUUUAUUUAUUUAUUUACGCAGAACAACGUUUUACCUCCCUGUUGAUUGUUUCUUUAUAGUAAUAAUGCAUGAUGAUAAUAGCCUAUACACAAUGGAAGGUACAACACUGUUUUUAAUUACUGCUUACUUUGGCAUGGGAGAUAUAACUGCAGGAUCACUGUUAUCAAAGCUUACUGAGUGUGUGUGUGUGAAGGAAUGCGCUAAAGUAGAUGCCAGCUCUGAUAUGGAUGAUUGAAGCCAUCCUCUUUUGCCUUGUUUUGAAAGCAAUAUUCAUGUUACUGGAUAUUUAUCACAUUUGUUAAAUUGGGAUGUUUCUUUGUGAAUUAUCAAUGCAACUUUUCAAUUGUAGUUCCAACAGGUAGAGUAAUCAUGAUCAAGAACCACUCGACUCUUCCUCCUUAUCCAUCUUAUGUCAUUUUUUUUAAAUGUAAACUGUUUGCCAUGACAUUUGUUUUAAGGUUUGAUUUUACAAUAAAUAAACUUGCCACUC